CGGCUAUAUCGCCACCGUCGCCUACGCAUCAACUACACCACGCACGACAUCCGUCGAGCACAAGACUCCGUUAAUCCCCAGAAACGCCGCGAUAUCAUGGUACUCUCUAACAAUCACGACAACGGUGCUCACCCAUACUGGUACGCUCGUGUACUUGGUAUUUUUCACUGCACGGUACGCCAC